AUGGCUCAGAUCAUGCCUCUGGAAUUGAUGAUUCUUCUUUUGGGGCUUCUUGCCAUGUUUGAAUUGAAUCCUUAUGGAGGGAGGCUGGUUGAACCUUGGAUCUCGUCCACAUCCGCCGCGUCUCCGAUUUCAGAUGCUAUUGCGGUGUCUCGGUUUCUGAACCCGCAGUUUCGGAGGGUUCUUCAAGCUCUGAAGAGGAUAGUGUCUGGGGUCCAGCCAACCGGAUCUAUACACCUUGGAAAUUAUCUUGGUGCCAUAAAAAAUUGGAUUGAUCUCCAGAAUACAUAUGAUACUCUCUUCUUCAUCGUGGACCUCCACGCGAUAACUCUACCAUAUGAUACGCAACAACUAUCUAGAGCAACAAAAGAUACAGCGGCAAUUUAUUUGGCGUGUGGUGUGGACACCUCCAAGGCUUCUGUCUUUGUGCAGUCUCACGUUCGUGCUCAUGUAGAGUUGAUGUGGCUGUUGAGUUUCUGCCACCCCAAUUGGUUGGCUUAA